AUGACUGCUCGGACUGGUUCAGAACUCUUCGCAGCCCAGUGUGACUGCAGUUUCACAAUCUUUCCUCUUUGUCCUAGAGGACUUCCUUUUUGGAGGCCCUGGCUGUCUACAAAUGACCUCCCAAGACAGGUGAGGAAAGUCAUGGAGUUGGACACUAAUGGGACCACAGCCGGCCAGGUCCUCAAAGCUAACUCCAAAUUCUCUCACCCAGUCAGGCUCUUUUGGCCUAAGUCUCGCUCCUUUGACUACCUGUACCAGGAUGGGGAGAUUUUACUUCAGAACUUCCCUGUCCAGGCCACCAUCAACGUGUAUGAGGAUUCAGACAGUGAAGAGGAAGAAGAGGACAAAGCAAAGGAAGAGAAAGAGGAGGCAGAUGUAAAGGACCCCGAAGAAUGUGUGAGGUUCCUAGAGUAUGUGCCAUGCAGGACCACAGCUCAGCCCCCAUCUCCAUCUCUGACCUGUCUCAACUGA